AUCGCAACCCCCGUGUUUACUCUUGCCACAUUGAGGAAAUCCUGUGUUUUUUUCCUUUUUUCCCCAGUAAUACCCCACCCCGGAGGCCGCCCCCAGUACACCAGGUCCCUGCAUCCAUGGUGUGUGUGUGAUGCCUGCCUCGUCUGACUGCAUCGGUGAGGCCCUCCACCGCGCCUACCACCACCACCACCGCCCUCCACCUCACACCACCACCACCGCCGCCACCACCACACCACCACCACCACCACUUGCCGAUCAGCUGACUGUGUGUGGAAAGCAGUUCACCCCACAGGUGCUAUCAAGCCAGCUGGAGUAUGAGGCAGCUGGUAAACAGGAAUCCAUCUUGUUAACGGAGCUCAAAUCCAAAUAUGUAGUACUCUCGGCCACCACCGCCACCACCACCGCCACCACCACCACCACCACCGCCGCCAUGGCCCACGGGACGCCCAGAGUGGCCCAGGGCAAGGAGGACCAGCUGGAAGAGCCCCGUGUGGUCUUGUGGUCCCGGGAAAAGGUCAGCCUCGGGUGGAGGAAGGUCUUUCCCCCUGGGGCUGGCAUGUACAAUCUGGGGAACACCUGCUAUUUAAAUUCCUCCUUGCAGGCACUCUUCCACAUCCCGGCCUUGGCAAACUGGCUGCUCGAGGAACUACAAGGCCACACUCAGCGCUGUGAGGCCACCACCACCACCGCCACCGCCACCACCACCGCCUUCUGCUCCGUGUGUGCCAUGAUGAAGACUCUGAGGGCCACGCUGGACCGGGCCACACCUGCCAUCAAGCCCGCACUCAUCCAACACAAGCUGAAAAGCAUAGGGAAGACCCUCUCGUACGGCCGGCAAGAGGAUGCACACGAAUUUAUCAAGCUUCUUUUAGACCACAUGGAAAAAAGCUACCUUGCCUUUCGCCACGCCACCAAGCUUGACCACCGCUCCAAGGAGACCACCCCCCUCAACCAGAUCUUUGGGGGCUACCUCAGGCAGCAGGUGAUCUGCCCACUCUGUCGCUACGUCUCCACCACCUUCAGCCACUUCCAAGACCUGGUGCUGGAUAUUCGGUCCGUCAGCAGUGUGGAUGAUGCCCUUAACCUCCACUUCCGUAAGGAGACUCUCGACUCGGAGAACGCCUAUCGCUGUGAGAAAUGCCACAAAAAAGUGUCGGCCACUAAACGCCACUUAAUUGAAAGGGCGCCUCAUGUACUGCUCAUACAGCUGAAGAGAUUCACAAUGUCAGGUGGAAAGAUUGGAAAGCACGUCAAUAUACAGAGAACAAUCGACCUGACCCGUUUUGUGAGUGGAGCGAAGGGGGGAGGAGGUGGAGCAGGUGGAGGAGGCUACCAGUACCGCCUUACCUCCAUGGUCAUCCACCUGGGCGGAUCACAGCAUGGUGGACACUACACUGCUGUGGCCGAGGCUUCAAACGGAGCGAUGUUUGAAUUUGAUGAUGCGUCGGUCCGGUCAAUCUCCCUACAGAGUGCCCUUCUGAGAAACCCCUACAUAUUAUUUUACGAGAUGAUUCGGAAGCCUAGGGAAAUACCAGCAAUGAAGCAAGUCUUCAGGCAGAGCUCCGAGAAGAUGUUGAUAAGGCAGAGCUCGGACAGUGUGCUGGGGAAAGGUCUGCCCACGAGCCACAGUGCUAAUGCCGUCAAUGGGUGGAGUGGUGGAGGAGGUGGAGGAGGUGCAGGGAAGGUUCAUGGCUCACAGCACCUCGUUUGUCAUAAGGAGAGGUGUGAGUGUGUCCUGAGUGCAUUUUGGGUCUGCCCACGAGCCACAGUGCUAAUGCCGUCAAUGGGUGGAGUGGUGGAGGAGGUGGAGGAGGUGCAGGGAAGGUUCAUGGCUCACAGCACCUCGUUUGUCAUAAGGAGAGUGUGUCCUGAGUGCAUUUUGGGUGUGUUUGGGUGUGUUUUUAGUGCAUUUUGGGGUGUGUGUGGGUGUGUUUUUGGGGUGUUUUGCUCCGAGAAGAUGUUGAUAAGGCAGAGCUCGGACAGUGUGCUGGGGAAAGGUCUGCCCACGAGCCACAGUGCUAAUGCCGUCAAUGGGUGGAGUGGUGGAGGAGGUGGAGGAGGUGCAGGGAAGGUUCAUGGCUCACAGCACCUCGUUUGUCAUAAGGAGAGAGAGAGGCUUUCAUUUCAAUUGAAGUCCAAGACAGGCGGAGUGGAAGGCGGAGCAAGCAAACCAAGCAAGCUAAUCAUCCACAAUUCAUCCACACUGCUCUCCACUAAGUCCAGUCCUCCAAACACCCACAAAAUGACAACAUCCACACAAAAAACACCAAAAACAUCCACAUCAUCCACCAAAUCAGUACAAAAUAGGCCUUCCACCACCACAACCACCUCCACAAAGCCACACUCCACUCCAGGGACGCCAAAAUCCACUUCAUCCACUUCCAAAUCUACCAUUCCACCUUUAGUCCCAUAUUUGGACGACUCGGAGGACUCGGAAGUGGAUGAGGGGAAACGUGGAAGAGAGCGGAAGGCAAACGGAUUGAAAAGUGGAAGGGAGAAGCUAUCCACCAAUGGGGAGGCUAAAGAGGUGGAUGGGAAAGUCCGCUUGAUUCCACGUGCGUUACAAGUGGUUCCUGGGAGGGCUAAAGUGGAUACAGGGUGGCAGGUGACGGAUUCCACCCUCCACUCGCCUAGUGAAUGCAGCAGCGGCAGCGGCGGAGGUGGAUGGACGGUCACUGUGGUGGAGAAAGUGGAUAAGGUGGAAGAGAAACCAAAAUCCAGUGAGAAAUGUGAGAAAAAUCCACAUUUCGAGGGGGACGUGGACUCGAGUAGCCUGCGGAGUAAGACCAGUGUGGAUAGUGGAAGAUCGGAUAAGUCCACUAAAUCCAUGAAACGAUCCAUCUUCUCUCUCUUCACCUGUGUGUCUUCUGCUAAGAGCCCAGACACCUCCUGCUUCCACCUACCUCCUAGCCCCGACUCCACCACUACAUCCACGCCUCCACCACCCAGGGAUGCGGUAAAUGGCCUGCCACACUCCACCCCCUCCACCAACUCCACCUCAUCCACCACACAGGCUAAAAGAGUGAGAGAAAACGAGGAACUUUCAAGUCCGUCGAAGAAAACGUGUAAAGAUGAGAAGUUGGAAGUUAUCGAUGUUUUUAGUGACAUUUCAGAGUCUAGGGUGCCUCAGGGGACCACUCAGCCCCCAAGGACACCCCCAGGGACACCUCCAGGGGCUCCAAUGGCCAAGCAAACCCCAGAAGUGGAAGAAGUGGAGGGAACGAAGACAGAAACUGGAAAACCGUCGCAGAAACCAAGUUGUAGUGUAGCGACUUCUUCUGCUUCUACGACUUCUACUACUGCUGCUGCUGCUACUUCUGCGGCCUCCACUGCGGGUUCCACCACUGCCACUGCUACCUCCGCCUCCUCCGCCACUAACUCCACCCCUUCCACUACCUCAAAAAACGCAGAAAUGCCAAAAAACUUGAAAACGAGGGAGACUUUUACGAGAGUGGAGCAAAUAGGAAUCACUAAGGACUCCUCCACAUCCACCUCCACCUCCUCCCUCUCCUCUGAUGACUCGGAAGUGGAGGAGGAGGGGGAGGGGAAGACCAGGUGGGUGGAGAAGUGGAGAAAAAGAAUCAGCACAGCCAAACUUCACCCACAUCCAUCUGUGAUUCGCUGGGACGAUUCUAGCCAGCGGGGGAAGAAGGUGGAGCUCUGGGGUGGAUCGCGGAGCUCCUCAGUGGUGGAUGAACUGAGGAGGGUUGGCAACACUGCUUAUGGGGCGGAAGUGAAGUCGUGGAGUGGAGGGCGGAGUGAAGUGGACCAGGAGGUGGAGAGAGAGCGGAAAGAGGCCAAGAAGAGAACAGCGGAUGACCUUUAUAAUGAGGAGAUGGAUAGUGGAAGGCAAAAUAAGAAGAUCAAAGGAGGAAAAAGAGGAGGAGGAGGAGGAGGAGGAAGAACAGAAACAGCGUCCGAUUAA